CGUGAAAGCGCAGCCAAAAAGUGGCUCGCGGAUCGCCGAGAACGCUAAAUAUAACGUCCGCGGACGGUGUAGCUGAUUGGUACCCGACACGGCGGUCUCAGUGUUAGAGAUUCGCGCGAGCAAUUAGCACGGCCAGAGCCACAGAGAAAGAGAGCAGCCUUUUUCACUGGGUGGCAGCAUUGAAACGCGUACAGCAUUAUCGAUCCCGAACCGUUCGCUUGAGGGUCGCGGCACAUUGUCGGAAACAUGUGUGUGAUCGAACCCGGAAAGGAGAAAUUAGCAAUGAGGACACCGGGAUUAACGAAGUCACCGCGAAAAUUCGCGGGGGUCGUGGUAGCGAUGUGCGGCCUACCGGGACGUGGAAAGAGCCAGGUCGCUCAAUGCUUGGCGCGCAGGCUCAACUGGAACGGCUACUCCACCAAAGUAAUGAGAGUCAGCCAGUACCGAAGAAGAAGACUCGAAGGCUACGGCGAGGCGGUGUCGCACGAGCUGUUCCGUCCCGAUCACACGGCGAACGCAGCGUUGAGGGCCCUGGCCCAAGGAGACGCGAUGCAUGACUGCGCCGGGUGGCUCGCGGCCGGGAAUUCCGUAGCUAUCCUGGACGCCACGCUGGUGACACGAGCGCAGCGCGCCGAGGUCUUCGACUAUUUUUCCGGGCAGCUCGGUUAUCGCGUCCUUUUCAUCGAGUGCGUCUGCGAAGACCCUGUCGUGCUCCAGCGGAAUUACGAGGAGAUACUGCGCUGGAGCACCGACUACGUCGGCAUGGACCCGGCGCUGGCCGAGAAGGAUUUACAGCUGAAGGUGGCGCACUACGUUCGCUCGUACGAGCCGAUGAACGAGGAAGUGCCCAGGAUACGCGUGGACACGGCCAACAUGGAUAUCCAGACGUACAAAGUGUCCGGACACGUGGAGGCCAGCAUUCUGGGCUAUCUGGGGAGUGUGAUGCUCACGCCUCACACUCUUUACUUCUCUCGGCACGGUGAAAGCGAGUACAACGUCCUCGGAAAAGUCGGCGGGGACACGGCUCUUAGCGCUCGCGGCGAGAGAUACGCGCAAGCGUUGGCUACCAAGUUCAACGCGAUGCGCAUCCCUGAUCUCCGCGUGCUGACCAGUCGCCUUCGGAGGACCAUCGCUACUGCCAGAGGCGUCGAAGCGCCCCAGGAACACGUUGACGCGCUUAAUGAACUCCACGCUGGAGUCUGUGAAGGCCUCUCCUACGAGGAGAUGCAGGAACAUUAUCCGCAGGAGUUCGCAUGGCGCGACCAAGACAAGCUCCGUUACCGCUACCCAUGGGGCGAGAGUUACAUCGACGCGAUGCAGCGCGUGGACCCGGUGAUCGCCGAGUUGCAGAGGUCCAACAACAUCUUGGUCGUCUCGCACCAGGCGGUGUUGCGCUGCGUGAUCGGCUUCUUCAUGGACAAAAAGCCGGAAGAGCUUCCGUACAUGGAGGUGCCGCUGCACACGAUCAUCCGCGCGACCAGCCAGGGCUUCAAUUACAAGCUGGAGUUCUUCAAGCUUCCGAUCGAGUGCGUGAACACGACCCGCGUGAAACCGAAGAACUGCAGCGCGGAUCGGACCGCCGACGACGCAUUGAUCACGGUCCCGGCGCACUUCGACAUACCGGACCCAUGGAGGAACCCAGGCAGCGGGCCGACCCUCGUGCAGCAACACUGAGGAACGUCCGCUCGGCGAUCCACGAUCACGUCCAGAAUUCGAUCUCUGUUGGGCUUGAACUUUCCGGGACUUCGUUGAGCAAGGAUCCGAGGAUUGGGGACGUCAAUGGCGUUAGCGACCGUGUCUCACGGCGAGGAGUUGACUAUAUUUCUUUUUCUUUCUGCUUAGCAUGUAGACUUUUAAGUAACUUCUAAGAGCGCGGGCGGACGAAUCGCGAGGGGAACGAGGAAUGCUCGGAACAAGUUUGCAGAUUAGACGGAGAACAGGUUUUCAGAUGUAUUCACAUCUGAUGGGACUGAUGGUGUUCCGAUUGAUGUGUUAACGAGUUUCUCGCUCGCUCGCUCGUUCGUUCGGCUCGUGAAAUGACUAGGCUCUUUUUAUUCAUCGAUCAUUGUGUUUCAUUGGCAGCUAUACUCUAUCCUGCUGCUCGAGCCCUCUAUAUAUAUGUUAUGUAAGCGUUUUAGUUUUAAUAUUUAGACGAUAGACUGGUGAAUCGAUGUUUAUUAGCCGUGUACCAGGUAUCCGUAGGGACAGACGAGUAUUGGAUCCACUUUCGCCGGCUUUCAACUGUAACCGGAGUUACUGUUAGACUGCGGAUUCAUAGAGUAUACACAGAAACCUUACGAUGUAAGCGCGUUUAAUUAAGGUAUUAGUUACACUUCUGGCCCAUUUUUGACACGAGGAGACCGCGCCGAGGGGGAUCUUCUUCUUCCGAUCAGCGUAGGCCAUAGAAUUCGCACAAAGAUCCGUAGUCUCGAUCGGUGAACAUCGGAGCAACGAAGGACACGUGACCUCUGAUCAGCCCCGUUGUAGGCCUAGUGACGAAAUUUUAAUCUAGCUCUUCGACUUUGUUCCUGAAGUUAACGACCUAUAUUCGAGGAUACAGAAAUCAGACGAGAAAAGUGAUAAUUAGGGUUUAGAAUUCUCGACGGCGUCAAAAUGGAGGAGUGUGGACAAGAACGAAGCAACGUAGGUUUCUAGCGUAGCGACGAAAGGACUGGCUGUUGAAUCGAAUCGACGGGAUCGGCGUGAAUAUCGAAUCAGAGUUAAACGAUCGGACGAUAAAUUGUGUCGACUGUCGGAAACGGGAAGCUGCCCUUUCGUGGUAAAUGUUUUUGUCUAGGGCAGAAAGUAUUUUAAUCCGGGAUCAACGGAACCUUCGCGUUCCGCUGUCGAUGUCCCGCCGCGUUUCGAUUCGGUUAGCUCGUAGACCGCGCAAAUCUGCAUCGUACAUUGUUAGCCGCGUCGUGCACGUCCUCGGGCAACUUAAAUUACCCUAAAUCUCUUUCAUCGAGGACACGCGAGCGCAGUUUCGUGAUCGAAGGAAGGAGAACAAUGAAACGGAGAGAGAAGAAAGAUGAAAACGAAUCGAAAAAAAAUACUACACGCGAACAAGCGGAGUAUAAUUGUUGGGACGGUACAGAGGAGAAGUUUAUUUUUUUAUAAAGAAAGUCGCACGUGUGCCUCAGCUAGAGCGUAUAUAUAUAUACAUACCUUGAACCCUGUUUUUUCGCGGAAUCGUAUGUUAAAGGGAAAUUUUCAUCUAGUCGAGUGUCGAACCAUUGGCGGAUCUUCUGAUAGUUUUUAUACCACUCGAGAAUCGAGACGGAGGUUUGCGGAGCGUUUUAGUCGUUUAAGCCGUAUCGUAGACACUUUCAAACUGUCUUUGUUUUCUUUUUUAAUUGUACAUUAUGAAUAAACGUUUUUUACAAAA